UCAGGAUUUCGCUCAUUGCCUCCCUUAUACGAGCUGCCUCAUCCAAAGAUGCCCAAUUCGACUAUGAUAAUGGAAUUUCUCCUGAUGGGGUACUCUGACACAUGGGAACUACGGAUUUUGCAUACCAUAUCCUUUUCUGUGAUGUAUUUGGUAACUGUUAUUGGAAAUGCUCUCAUUGUUAUUGUCACAACCAUGGACAAGAGCCUUCACACCCCCAUGUACUUCUUUCUCAGGAAUCUGUCCAUCUUGGAUGCAUGCUACAUUUCUGUAACAGUACCUAAUUCGUGUGUCAAUUCCCUGCUUAAUAGCAAUGCGAUUUCAAGGCUAGGAUGUAUAUCUCAGGUCUUCUUCGUGGUUUUCUUCGUAUAUGUGGAGCUACUCUUCCUUACUGCCAUGGCCCGUGACCGCUAUGUGGCCAUUUGCCAGCCUCUCCACUACACUGUGAUCAUGACCCCUCGGGCCUGCGCUCAUAUGACUCUCACAUCCAUCCUCAGUGGUCUGGUCUACUCAGGCUUCCAUACAGGCAAUACCUUCAGGCUGCCAUUUUGUCAGUCCAAUGUUAUUCAUCAAUUUUUUUGUGAUAUCCCUUCUCUCCUGAAACUCUCCUGCUCUGACACCUUCAUCAAUGAAAUCAUCAUCCUUGCAUCAGGUCUGGGUAUUGGUGGAGGCUGCUUCAUUUUCAUCAUUUGGUCUUACACUCACAUAUUUUCUACUGUGCUCAAGUUCCCCAGUAAAACAGACAGAUCAAAAGCCUUCUCUACCUGCGUCCCCCAUAUACUUGUGGUGUCCAUCUUCCUCAGCUCAGGCUUCUAUGUGUACUUGAGGCCAUCUGCGAUCUCUGCAACUCUCCAGGAUAUUGUCCUCUCUGUGUUCUAUUCCAUAGUCCCCCCACUCUUCAACCCCGUCAUCUACAGUCUUAGAAACGAACAAAUAAAGUGUGCCAUCAGAAAACUCAUGAAAAAAUAUUACAGUUAG